GACUGACAACUCCUGUAUACUGUGGUCCCUAAAACUAAUCUAGGGAAGCCUUCAUCUUGGAACCAGGGGCGGAGUGACAACUCAUGGGGCCCCCCCGGGCAAUAGGGGACCAUGGGGCCCCUGUGUCCUUACCCAAACUCAAAAAAGCCUAUGAAAAAGGUACCAGGGGAAUCUCAUGGGGCCCCCUACUGACCCCAGGCCCUCGGGCACUGCCCGAGUUUUCAAAUGGUCAGUCCGCCCCUGCUUGAAA